AUGUAUUCUUGCAAUUACUCACAAACCUUUCUUAUUGAUCAGUAUCCACAAUUACUUGAUACUAUUACUACAUACAUUGAAGAUACUAUUAAAUAAAUUAGUUACUUAAAUAAAUCAUACUCUUUUAAAACUUGUCUUUAAUCAGUAGGAUAACAAUAAUUAGAAAAUUUAGGAUACUAAUAGCGAAAAUCUAUGCAAGUUCAAGUUGACUUAAUCAAAAAUCAGAAUGCUUUGGAAAAUUAUAAUUCUCAUAUAUCAGUAAUUAUGAAUGAUCAAAUGACAGAAAUGGUUAAACCAAGUGAGUUAAUCUACUAGAAAAAAUAUAUCGAUUUGAUCUAAGGGAAUUAUGAAAAAAAGUCAGAAUGUAAACAUUUGGAAAAAUUGAGAACCUUGUUUGUGGCUUUGAGAAAUUUAGCUAUGAUUAGAUCUAAUGAAGCCUGCUUUAUAAAACAAGAUAAAUUACUAUCCUUUUUUUAUUAAAUUCUCUUGUCUGGCGCUGAUUAAGAAUUAUCUAAAUCUGCAUUGGAAACAUUUUCAGUCUUAUCCAAACGUACAGUUCAUCAGUGA